AUGACUGUCAUCCUCCACCGACACCUUGUUCUCCUCAUCAGCGCCUUGCUGUCGCUUCUCUGCUAUCAAGCCAGCCUCGUUCGCUCCGGAGCCACCAGCUCCUCGGACCAGGGUCGGUAUGUUGCUAUCGUCCCGUCCAAUGCGGUAGAGACGCAGCACAGCGACUACGCCACCCCCGAUUCAAGUAGCUCCUCGGACAGCUCUGAAUAUCUCGGGUCUCCAGAGCCGGACGAGACUGCUCUCUACGGUGCAGGCGCGUUCGAUCGAUCGGACGAAAUCCUGACGCGUUCAGCUGAAGUCCUGCCUGACCGGCUGCACCGGCUCGGCUAUCCUUCUGCCAUCGUCUCGUUCUUCAAGGACGCAUCAUCCGCCAGCAGACGCCACUACAGAGAAGCCAUCCAGGCCCAGGUCCAAGAGAAUCCGUUCAGAAAGCAGUUUGUGCCGCUCUUUGGUAUGGACGGCAUGCGGACGUAUGCUAUGCCCAUCGACGACGUCUCCACGGUCCCAUGGCCGGCGACUGCCGGACGCUAUGCCGGUAGAGACGGAGUCACCAAGGCUGUCGUGCUGACCAUGCUUGCCGGCCCGGAUGCGCGACAGUUCAUCUCGCUGGAUGUCAACGAAGGUCGCCGCCAACACUACGCCAUGCCCCUCACGCUGGAAGACUUUGCUCACCUUCCGACCUCUCCCGCUCUCGGACGCUACGCUGGCACGGGCGGAAAGCAGAAGAUCCUCAUCUUCAGCGUGACGCAUCCCUCGCCUACGUCGCUGUCGCUCUUCCGCGGACCGGCGGGAGAGGAGGCGCCCGAAAUCGUGUUGCACGGCUUGAUUGGUGUCACUCACGCCCAGAGUCUGCACCGGCGCAUCGCGUUGCCUUGGUUUAACGCCCAUGUUGCCGUACCUCUGAGGGAUGUUUUGCGGCCCGUAUAG